GCAACAGCUCGUAUACCAUGAUGAAACAAGCUCAGAUGUGGACAUAUAUUUUUGUGAUGUUCUUAACCCUGCAGAGCCAGUGCUCCGCUUGCAGAUGGCUCGGCCGAUACAGGAUCCUGAGCGCUGAAUCUCUGAGACUGCUCGGGGAAAUGGGUGGACAGUAUCCUGAGAAUAUCAAGAUCCACAUCCCCAGGCGCCUGUACAACUUGAUGGACAAAGCUGAGGUGGAGGACCAGCUGAGGUUCAUUGUUUCGACCUUGGAUCAUAUCAUCAAGCUCAUGGAUGCCUCGCAGCACAUGGAUUCAGUUCAGUGGAACCCAAAGACAGUGGCAUAUUUCCUUAAAGACCUGCACAGGCAGUCAUCUGAGCUUAAAGAAUGCGUUUCCCUAAAGCCACCUCAGAAGGUGUCUCAUGAGAAACGGAUAAACAGGCACUUCAGGAUCUUGAAGAAGAUGUUAAAGAAAGAAAAAUAUAGUGCUGAAGCCUGGGAGCAGAUCCGGAGAGCUGUGAGAAGCCACCUUCAGAGGAUGGACAUCAUCGCCAGCAACGCAAAGCUCCUGCUAAAAGUUUAAGAGACAAUGGCAGAAAAAAACGUCAGGCUUGUGACACAUUCCAUGGAACAGCAAAAAAAAAAAACUGCCUUACAAACAAUAACUGGAAAAAAAAAGUAUUUGUGCGUUCAGAUGUUUGUAUUUAAUUGCAAUGAAUGUAACCUAGAGUGGCUUAUAUUGACCACCGGCUAGUGCUUUAAUAGCCUACUGAGUUUACCUUAUGUGUUUCCUAUGAAAACUUGAAGUUAUCGGAUCAAACAAGCUAAUUUAUGUUCCUUACAAAUACCUGUGAAAACUUUUCUUUUUGGUUUGGGUGAGAAUAAGCUUCUCUAAAUGAAAAAAAAAAAACCCAAGACAUGCCAUGCAUUUCAGUCUAUGUGUAUAAAUUGUCAGUCGGCCAGCAAUUUUUAUA